UGGAUGCAUAUGACAAUCGUUACUAUCGAUAUUGAGAAAAUGUCUUCUCGGUUCGAGAUUAACCCAUCUCGAUCCCAAUUAGCAAUCCGAAAUAAAAACGAGAGAGUUCCCCGACUAUCAGAUACGAGAAAGAGAAAUUUCAUAAUUUCAUAUCGAUAGAUAUUGUUUUCCCCAAAAUGAGAAACAAAAAGUUAAAAGUGUAGUAGUAGUAGUAAUUGUAUAUAAGUAUUAUAUACGUAUUAUACCCAUUGCAAUAUUAGAAUGUAAGAACUAGUUAUAAGGGUCGCGAAUGUAAAUAGUAUAUACUCACGUGAUAAAUAAAUGUAGAGCCAGUCGUCGUUGAGCUGUCAUGGAGAGCACACUAAAAAAGUGUUUAAAAGUGUGGGCGUGACCGUUAUGGGCGCUUUGUAUGUGAAAGGAGAGGCGUGGCCACAGUGCUUUUGUCUCGAAGGAGCCGUUUACGAUGGACGAUGGAUAGACGAUGGACAUUAUCGUAGAGUGCAACAAUGAGAUCUACCGUCAAAGCUUGCACCGCAUCAACCAUCACCACCUUCUGCCAGCUAUAGAUGAGGGGAUCGUCAUCAUCAACGACAGGACCGCCAAGGUGCAAGUGGACAUCGGCUCUGAAAUCUGGGUGCAUGGUACUCACCUUCUUACCUUCGACCCACAUGCCGUCUUCACUCCGUCAGAACGGGGCCCAAAACAGAGUACCGGGGGUAGCAAAAUGUUCAGCUCUGAACGUCAUCUCCCACCAAAGCGUGCUAAGUCUCAGGUACCUUCAUCGCCUUAAUGAACGUAACUUAGAGACAAUCCGGAGGUUCAGACAAGAGGUCAACGCCGAACACCCCCAGCGAGAGGCACUUAUCGUGGCAGCAUCAUAUUGCCUCCUGUUGUGUGUUGUCAUUGUGGGCUGGCGUGCCCUGAAGGCCAGGAGAUCCGUCAGGUGAUUGGACGUGGCGAUCGCUGAUUUAAAGUCGGCCGGGGCGGCCUCCAUCUUGAUGAGGGGGAGGAGGGUAGUUAACUUAAGUAAACGCCGCUACGGCGAGCAUGUGAAAUAGGGCAACAACGGCAUUCUGCAGUUUAAGCAUUUUUUUUUUUUUUUUGUACGGGUCCAAGGGCACACCUUCCACCCAACCGACCGAGGGGCGCUGCCGUGUAUCGUACGGCUCGAUUCGCGAGAAGAUAGACGCGUUAUAGAAAAGAGAACAGAGACGAGGAAAUGAACAUAAUGUAAUAAAUAAUGUAACUAAAUCAUAACAUAACUCUAAGAAAUAUUAGUGUUAGUAGGAUCUAAUUAUGUACUAAAAAGUUAAAAUUGAUUGCUUUAAGAGCGGC